CAUGAAAGGAACUGAAAUUGUACCUUUUCAAAAUAAGGAAUCAACAAACAGCGUGACGAUCAGCUUCUAAAAUCUAACAUACUAAGUUAACGUUAAGAAUCCUUAGAAUGUUAUUGAGAAUAAAUUGAUCCUAAAUAACAUUUCUGGAAUCUGUAAACCAGGUUAGGUUACUGCAAUUCUUGGAGCUUCUGGAGCAGGAAAAACAUCAUUACUAAACAUUCUUGCCAAAAGGAUAACUCCUGGGGGUAAUGUGACAUUGUAGGGAACAAUUAAUGCAAAUGGCUAGCCUUAUAAUAGUGAUAAAUUUUCUCAAUUUUCAUCUUACGUUAUGCAGAAUGACGUCCUUUUUGGAACUUUGACUGUACGAGAAACUUUAGAAUUUGUAGCGAAUUUAAAGUAUGCUGAUCCUUAAUAAAAGAUUGAGAAAGUAGAUUAUGCAUUACAGACAUUGAAAUUAGAAAAAUGUCAACAUACAUUAGUAAUUACUUUUAAUAUUUCAAUAGAUUGGUAAUGCUAUGAUUAAGGGUAUUUCUGGAGGAGAAAGAAAAAGAACAUCAAUCGGAGUUGAAUUAGUAAGUGAUCCAUUUUGCAUUUUAUUGGAUGAACCAACUUCAGGAUUGGAUUCAUUUACUGCUUUUGUCAUUAUGUAUUUUUAUUUAACAUCUAGAAAUCUGCUUCGAAAAUUGGCUCGCACUUCAGGAAGAACAAUAGUGUUUACAAUUCAUUAACCAAGUGCUGAUAUCUAUACGUUAUUUGAUCAAGUCAUGCUUUUGGUUUAAGGGAAAUUCAUAUAUUAAGGUAAAAGAGAAGAGAUGGUUAAUUACUUCAAGAGCAUAGGUUUUGAGUGUCCAGCACAUUCCAAUCCACUAGAUUAUCUAAUGAGUAUAAUGCAUCAUGAUGAUCCAAAUCAUCCACAUUAUCAAACUCUAUUCUCAGGAUAUAGUUCAAACUUUGUCUAGUAGAUUGAAAAUGAAAUCAACGCCAUUUAAGUCUAACAGAUAUCAAGACAGUCAAUUCAAACAUCUUUUGGAUUCUAAGUUAAGGAAAUCUUUAGAAGAGGAAUGAUUAAUGUGAAGAGAGAUAAAGUGUUAGUGAGAGGCAGAUUAGUAAUGACUAUAUUCAUUGGUCUACUAAUUGGAGGUAUAUUUUGGACAGCAGGUAGUGAACCUGGAUACAAAGGAAUUUAGAGUACAAUAGGAGUUUUAUUCUUUUUGGUGAUGAGUAGUUUUAUGGGAGCUUUAAAUCCUGUAAUGGUACAAUUUCCAUCUGAAAGAGAAGUGUUUUUAAGAGAAGAAAAUUCAAAGUUGUAUUCGACUGCAGCUUAUUUCACUGGCAAAAGUUCUGUAGAAAUUCCAUUUCUAUUUGUUUUCCCUAUCAUUCAGUAGCUUAUUUGUUAUUGGAUGGUUGAUUUAAAUUACAAAACCGGAGACAUAGUAGUGAUAAACAUCAUUAUUUGUAUUAUGCUUGGUUUGAGUGGAAACAGUUUUGGUAUAGUUUAAUAACUAUUAAUUUAGGUCUUAUGACUGGAUGUAUGUUUAGUGAUCUUAAAGCAGCUGCUGGAUUUUUACCUGUAGUAUUGAUGCCAUUGGUUAUAUUUUCUGGUUUUUAUGCUAAUCAAAAUAUGUAUAUGGAUUGGAUUGGAUGGAUCCAGUAUCUAAGUCCAAUGAAGUAUGCCUUUGAAGCAUUAGUAUGGAAUGAAUUCGAAACUAGAGACGAUGAAUUCGUUGGUAAGACUAUAGAGAACUCCAAUCCUAUUGAUACCUACAAUCUAACUUUAGGUCUUUGGAAAUGCUUGGUCAUUUUAGCUGCUAUAAUAUUGUUUUUCAGAUUUAUGGCUUUAAUGUUUUUAUACUUGUUAAGAGGAAAACAACAAUGA